AUGACCCUCAACAGCUCCAUCAGCUACUCAUUUAGAGAGCGUCAGUAUGUCUACAGUCAUGUACAUUUCUGCAUCUUCCCAGGGCUGACCAUGCGGAAGCUCUCCCCUGACAUCUGGGUUGCUAGUCCAGAGUCGCAGUUCACAAAGGUUCUUUCUACACCAAAGAUAUGUGUUGGAUCCACAAUCUCGCAAGAUUAUUUUUCCUCAAUAGCCAGAUUCAUUUAUGAAUAUGCAAUUCUCUUUAGACGUGGAAGUCCUUUUUACUUCACUGGACAAAAGGAAUCGUCUAACCAGGAAAUGAUGCUGAACAAAUUCCAAGUAACCAUACAGCAGUUACAGGAAAAACUGAGGGGUCAAGAGGAGGCUUUGGUGGAGGCCAACAGGAAACUAGAGAGCACGAGCCGAGAGAAGUAUUUAAUAGACACGGCCCUGAAUCAGAUCCGACUCAUCCUGGUGGACGUGGAACGCAGGCGGGGAAAACCGUACUUUGAGUCAGAUCCAGUCACCAAACAGGUUCCAGGCAUGCUGGUGCACACGUUAGAGAGAUUUGUACAGGAAAUGAACUCUGAACUGGAUCAGAAAAAGUCAAGAAUCACUGAG